UGUGUGUGUGUGUGUGUGUGUGUGUGUGUGUGUGUGUGUUUUCAGUAAAUUGCUUUUUGGGCUACAUCUGCAGAUACAGUAGCCAAUUGAUCUAAUGCAGUUUCUGAAGGCUUUCUAUACAGGUGAUGUCAUCCUUUUAGCUCUAUUCUCCUCCCACUCUCUUUCCUUCUUAUUAGAUAUUUCAUCUUACUGCAGAGCAUGGAAUCAAUAGGAGCUUCUCCUUAGGGAGCUGCUGUGAAACAGGCAAGGACAGUAGGAAUUAAGACACUAACAUAUAGUCUUGUUUUAGCAGAAGAUGUAGUGUUUUUGUGUCAUCAAUAUAUAAAUUUUCAUCCAGAAAAGCCAGACUUAGAUCAACAUUACUAUCUUACUGAUGAAUUACAACAAGAAGCAGUACUGCAGAGCUGUAAAUAGUGCAUGUGAAAAGAGAAAAUUUUAAUUUUGGAUAUUUUCAGGCAUUCUCCAGGACAAACCUGUUAGAGCAUAUUUAUCUUCUAACUAUCAUUUGCUUGCUCAUCGGUUGAUUUUUUUUUUUUUAAACCUUGUGUGAUUAAGAAGAUAAAGAAGAAACUUUCAUUUUAAGGAUACAGUGUUUGGGUUUGCUCUGAUGCAGAAGAAUUACUGCAGUGCUUGCUCUACAGAAUGAAAUAAGUUGAAGAAGAGACAAAGCUGUAUUGCAGAAAGGAAAGGUUUCUCAGAAUCCAGGAACACAGACUUGGUGCAUGUUGCCUUAUUUAUUUUGAUUGAUACUGUAUUAACUGUGUGUUACCACUGUGCAUGUCUGUGCCAGGUGCCUGAGGAAGCAUGUGUAUGUCUGUAUGUACUGAGCCGGAAAUGUAAACAUCUUGAUUUACUGUGAUUUGCUUAAAAGUGAACGUUGUGAUGAAAACUGUUGCAAUUAUUUAGAACAAUACUCUGAGCUACUGAAAGCUCCUGAUUUCAGUUUGAAAGGGAUUUGGAGAGGCUGCCUUUAUAUAACACUGCAAAUGGCGUAUGAUUUGUAAAAAGAAACUUAACAGAAUUUUGUCAACAUACUCAUCCGUGUGGCUCUGGUUUGAAAAGGAAACUACCCUUUCCAGCCCAGGAAAUGGCUUUUCUUGUUCGCUGUUAUGCCAAUUGUCUUCAGCCAUGGGCCUCCAAACUUCCGGCCGAUCUUACCAAGAUGCACAUCACAGACAACCCUCAUCCACAGGUGACUCAUGUGUCUUCUAGUCAGUCCGGUUGUAGCAUCGCCAGUGACUCUGGGAGCAGCAGUUUAUCUGAUAUCUAUCAGGCUACGGAAAGUGAGGUAGGAGAUGUAGAUUUAACACGUCUUCCAGAAGGACCUGUUGAUUCUGAAGAUGAAGAAGAGGAAGAUGAAGAGAUUGAUCGAACAGAUCCACUACAGGGGCGAGAUCUUGUUCGAGAAUGUCUCGAGAAAGAACCUGCAGACAAAACUGAUGAUGACAUUGAACAAUUACUGGAGUUUAUGCACCAGCUCCCUGCUUUUGCAAACAUGACCAUGUCUGUAAGGAGAGAACUCUGCUCAGUGAUGAUUUUUGAAGUGGUCGAGCAGGCUGGAGCUAUUAUUCUUGAAGAUGGGCAAGAGCUUGACUCAUGGUAUGUUAUUUUAAACGGCACUGUAGAAAUCACUCAUCCAGAUGGAAAAGUUGAAAAUCUCUUUAUGGGAAAUAGUUUUGGAAUUACUCCCACUCUGGAUAAGCAGUACAUGCAUGGAGUUAUUAGAACUAAAGUAGAUGAUUGUCAGUUUGUCUGCAUAGCCCAGCAGGAUUAUUGGAGAAUUUUAAAUCAUGUGGAGAAAAAUACCCAUAAAGUUGAGGAAGAGGGAGAAAUUGUUAUGGUGCAUGAGCACCGUGAACUAGAUCGGAGUGGAACCAGGAAAGGACACAUUGUAAUCAAGGCAACACCUGAGCGUCUCAUCAUGCAUUUAAUAGAAGAACAUUCCAUUGUCGACCCAACUUAUAUAGAAGAUUUCCUACUAACUUACAGGACAUUUCUUCAAAGUCCUUUGGAUGUUGGGAUCAAACUGUUGGAAUGGUUUAAAAUUGACAGCUUAAGGGAUAAGGUAACACGGAUUGUGUUAUUGUGGGUAAAUAAUCAUUUUAAUGAUUUUGAAGGUGAUCCUGCUAUGACUCGAUUUCUGGAGGAAUUUGAAAAAAACCUGGAAGAUACAAAAAUGAAUGGUCAUCUCCGCUUAUUGAAUAUUGCCUGUGCUGCAAAGGCCAAAUGGAGACAGGUGGUGCUGCAAAAGGCUUCCCGAGAGUCCCCUCUGCAUUUCAGCCUUAAUGGAGGGAGUGAGAAGGGGUUUGGUAUUUUUGUUGAAGGAGUAGAACCUAGUAGCAAAGCUGCUGAUGCCGGACUGAAACGUGGUGAUCAGAUAAUGGAAGUAAACGGACAAAACUUUGAGAAUAUUACAUUUGUGAAGGCCCUUGAAAUUUUAAGGAAUAAUACGCAUCUUGCACUUACCGUGAAGACCAACAUUUUUGUGUUCAAAGAGUUACUUAGUAGGACUGAACAAGAAAAAUCUGGUAUUCCUCAUAUUCCUAAAAUUGCCGAAAAAAAAAGUAAUCGCCAUUCAAUCCAAGAUGUACCAGGAGAUAUUGAACACACGUCACAGGAGAAAGGAAAUAAGAAAAUAAAAGCAAACACUGUUUCAGGUGGAAGAAACAAAAUCAGGAAAAUUUUGGAUAAAACACGGUUUAGUAUCUUACCUCCAAAACUGUUUAGUGACGGAGGCCUGAGCCAAUCACAAGACGACAGCAUUGUGGGAACGAGACACUGCAGGCACAGUCUGGCUAUAAUGCCUAUUCCUGGAACACUCUCAUCCAGCAGCCCUGAUCUCCUUCAGCCUACCACCAGCAUGUUGGAUUUUUCUAAUCCUUCAGAUAUUCCUGAUCAAGUUAUACGAGUUUUCAAAGCAGAUCAACAAAGUUGCUACAUUAUCAUUAGUAAAGACACUACAGCUAAAGAAGUUGUUUGUCAUGCUGUUCAUGAAUUUGGUUUGACUGGUGCGUCUGACACAUACUCUCUCUGUGAAGUUUCUGUUACUCCUGAAGGUGUCAUAAAACAGAGAAGACUUCCGGACCAGUUCUCCAAAUUAGCUGAUAGAAUUCAGCUCAAUGGAAGGUAUUAUUUAAAAAAUAACAUGGAAACAGAAACCUUAUGUUCAGAUGAGGAUGCCCAAGAACUAGUUAAGGAGAGCCAACUGUCCAUGCUGCAGCUCAGUACCAUUGAGGUGGCCACUCAGCUGUCAAUGAGGGACUUUGAUUUGUUUCGUAAUAUUGAGCCUACUGAAUACAUUGAUGACCUUUUUAAGUUAGAUUCCAAAACAGGAAAUACUCACUUGAAAGAGUUUGAGGACAUUGUUAACCAGGAGACAUUCUGGGUUGCCUCAGAGAUUUUAACUGAAUCAAAUCAGCUGAAACGAAUGAAGAUUAUUAAGCAUUUUAUUAAAAUUGCACUUCAUUGUCGAGAAUGUAAGAACUUCAAUUCCAUGUUUGCAAUAAUAAGUGGCUUGAACCUGGCAUCUGUAGCACGACUCAGAGGUACUUGGGAGAAAUUACCAAGCAAGUAUGAGAAACACCUCCAAGAUCUACAAGACCUUUUUGAUCCAUCUAGAAACAUGGCAAAAUAUAGAAAUAUUCUUAGUAGUCAAAGCAUGCAGCCUCCAAUUAUUCCUCUCUUCCCUGUUGUCAAGAAAGAUAUGACAUUUCUGCAUGAAGGAAAUGACUCCAAAGUAGAUGGAUUAGUGAAUUUUGAGAAGCUAAGAAUGAUUGCCAAGGAAAUCCGGCAAGUUGUUCGAAUGACUUCUGCUAACAUGGACCCAGCGAUGAUGUUUCGACAGAGGAAGAAGAGGUGGCGGAGUCUGGGGUCACUGAGUCAAGGCAGUACAAACUCGAACAUGCUGGAUGUUCAAGGAGGUGCACACAAAAAAAGGGCGCGUCGCAGCUCUCUACUUAAUGCCAAGAAGCUGUACGAGGAUGCCCAAAUGGCAAGAAAAGUUAAGCAGUAUCUUUCCAGUCUGGAUGUAGACACAGAUGAGGAAAAGUUUCAGAUGAUGUCAUUACAGUGGGAACCUGCCUAUGGGACCUUGACCAAGAAUUUAAGUGAGAAAAGAUCAGCCAAAUCAUCAGAAAUGUCUCCAGUGCCUAUGAGAUCGGCAGGCCAAACAGCUAAAGCACAUUUGCAUCAGCCCCACAGAGUAAGCCAGGUGCUCCAAGUGCCAGCUGUUAAUUUGCACCCCAUCAGGAAGAAAGGACAAGCCAAAGACCCUGCCACAUUAAGUACAAAUUUACCUCAGAAAGUUUUAGGGACAACUGAAGAAAUAAGUGGUAAGAAACCUCCAGAAGAUACUAUCUCUGUGGCAUCAUCCUUACACUCUAGUCCUCCUGCAUCUCCUCAAGGUUCCCCUCGCAAAGGUUAUACACUUACACCAUCAGCUAAAUCUGACAACUUGUCUGACUCCAGCCAUAGUGAAAUUUCUUCACGAUCCAGCAUUGUGAGCAAUUGUUCUGUUGACUCCAUGUCUACAGCUCUGCAGGAUGAACGGUGUUCUUCACAGGCUGUGGUGGUCCCUGAAUCCACUGGGCUUUUGGAAAAAACAGAACACUCCUCAGGGAUAGGAGACCACACUCACCUUGGCCCUGGGUGGACGCUGUCAAAGCCAUCUCUCGUUAAGAGUUUAGCUGUCUCCUCUUCUAUGAGUAAUGAAGAGAUUUCUCAUGAGCACGUCAUUUUAGAAGCAGCGGAUAGUGGUCGUGGAAGUUGGACUUCCUGUUCAAGCAGCUCCCAUGACAACUUCCAAAGCCUUCCAAACCCAAAAGGCUGGGAUUUUUUGAACUCUUAUCGACAUACCCAUUUGGAUGGUCCCAUUGUUGAAGUCGAACCCCCUGACUGUGAGCCCUAUUCCUGCCCUAAAGGCUGCUCUAGAACUUGUGGUCAGUGUAAAGGAAACCUAGAGACUAAUCAGUUGAGACAGAGUUGGGCCUCCUCCAGUUCUCUGUCUGACACAUAUGAACCAAACUAUGGGACAGUUAAACGGAGAGUGUUGGAGAGCAUCACACCUGAGCCCUCUGAAGGCUUGGACCCCAAGGAUGGCACUGACCCAGUUUACAAAACUGUUACUUCAAGUACAGACAAGGGCUUGAUUGUGUACUGUGUCACCUCACCCAAGAAGGAGGAUAGGUAUAGGGAGCCACCUCCCACUCCUCCAGGAUACAUGGGGAUUUCUUUAGCGGACCUAAAGGAAGGACCCCACCUACACCUAAAACCUCCAGAUUAUAGUGUGGCAGUGCAGAGGUCAAAGAUGAUGCAUGACAGCCUCUCUAGACUGCCACCAGCUUCUCUCGGUAGCAGCCCCGUGGCCUGUGUUCCAUCGAAGAUUGUAACUCAGCCUCAGAGGCAUAUUUUGCAGCCAUCCCAUCCUAAACUAGCAGAUGUGACUGAUGCAGAUAGCGAAGCAGAUGAAAAUGAACAGGUCUCAGCAGUGUAGCCUUUGGAGGACCUGUGUGAAGUUUACCGAACGCCGUCAAGGAAGGAGUGGGCUGACCGGCCUCACGAUUCCGCAGGCCGCUGGCGCCAGCGAACAGCUUGCUGCUGCUAUAACCCAGAGCUCUCGCUCCCUGUACUCCGAGUGCUGACCGAGCCCUGAGUCAUGCUUCCUUUUAUCGAAUCCUUGCAGAUGCAGAGUUUCCUCAGCUAUGGAUGUUGUGCCUGGAAACCAGUCUUCACUUCGCACACCAGACCUGCCUUGGGACCACGGUUACUAGACCAGAUUCAAACUCAGAGUCCUCCCUAUGUAUAUCAGUAUAGAUUUUUCUUUAGCAAGUUAUUUUUAAGAUAGUGGUGUAGUAUUAUUUCCAAGCCAUAGCUUGGGUUAACGGAUAAAUUCAAAAUGUCUGCCAAUACCAAGGAUAUUCCUGUGUAUUUGAAAAGUAACUUAUUAUUUGAAAUUUUGUGGUUUUCUUUGUUUUGGGGAGCUGUCAUUAGCGGAUGUUUAUGUUUGAGGCCAUAAAUCUGUCUCUGGUCUUACCAAACUGAAAUCAUCUUUACAGGAUGAUAACGCUUAAUCUGUACAGAGAUGAACUGGAUCCGUAGCACUGGUACAAUGGAGGGUCUCCGUUUGAGUGGGAUAGGAAGCCCUUUGUGGUUGAGGUAUUAGGAAGGAAGAUACUGCCCUCUGCUGAUUUGGGCACAUGAAGCUAUCACAGGGUUUCUUAUCAGUCGUUUGGGACAGGGAGGCUGUGAUUGGAUGGAUAGCCACCCUCAUCUCCAAAGAAGGAAAUUUUUUCUUAAAUCACAUAUACCAAUCCUUUCUGAAGUGAAAGCCAUGCUGCAUCUAACUAAAAGUAUAAAUCCAGUAAGUAGAGAAUGGGUUCAGGAGAGUUCUGCAGAAACUCAGGACAAAAAUUUUUCACUGCUCAAAUGUGGAGUUCUUUUUUUAAAAGGAAGUGUAAUCAUUGGUGUGUAACCAUGGAGAUGAAUUCAGCUGCAUGUCUGUUCCGCAGCCACCCCUGCUCCCCAUCUCAGCAUGAGGCUGUGUUCAACCCUCACAAACCCUGCAGCCCCCAUCUGCCUGCACGAAAGCUCAUGAGCACACCGAGGUAAUAAGUGGUUGAAAAUUUUAGUGGGGGGCAGAGGAGCUAGAAUUGUGGAAACGAUUCUCUCUUGGUUCUCGGUUUAGCCCUUGAGAGGAAAGAGAGAGAUAUUUUUAACAGCCUGGGCAUGGCGCUCCUAAGUAUUUAAUUAAAAUUUUAGUGACUGUUUACUGGACGACCUAGACUUUACACAUUUUUACAAAUUAAAUACAGUGUUUUCUAUAUCAAGUUUAAAUUUAAUCAUUUGUUUUUUAAUGUAAAUGAGAGCUUAAUAAACAACUGUGAUGACUACCAAAAAAAAAAAAAAAAGAAAGAAAAAAGAAAAAAAAGCCAAAGCCAUUUGUGUGCACUACCCAGAUUAACAUGGAGCCAGAAUGGGUUUACUUCUGAGUGGUUGUCCAUAUGUGAAUUUAUAGGAUUUAGCUGGUUUGUGAUUUCCCUUUUCAAGAAUUUGUUCUCAUUUUUCCCUAGCUUUCUCUUCCUUCUCUUUCUCCCUGUCCCCUUCCUUUUUUUUUUAAUAGUAGGCUCCGCGCCCAACAUGGGGCUUGAACUUGUGACCUUGCGAUAAAGAGUUGUGUUCUCUACCGACAGAGCCAGCCAGGUGCCUACCCUACCCCCCAGCCCCUUCAUCUUAAAAUCAUAAAUCAUUUCCAAGUGGUCAAUGGCAGUAGUCUGUCUUUUCCAUCAAAAUGACUGUCUCUUCAUUUUAGGAAAAAUAGCUUAUCUGAAAAAUUCCUUUGGGCAAAAAACCCCCAAAAAACGUGAAUUUGAAACUUAAAGCCUUAAAAAUCCACCCCCCAGGUGUGUUAGAAUGGGGCUAAUUGGCUCUAUAGCUUUCUUGUUCCAUUUACAUGAAAAGUGGCCUGGAUCAAAAAUCCUGGUUUGAAAGUCACACUGUAGUGAUUUAACCAAAAAAAAGAAAACGUUCCUUCACUGAUUCACAUAGUAGUGUUUUCAUGUCCAGGGCAAAACAAAGAUAAUGAAAUAUACUUCUGUUAUAAUCCUCUUUUUGUCAAGUUUGACUGUUUAUUCUCAUUGUUUUAUAUCCAUUACCCUAGAAAAAAUGUGCUGUUUGCACAAUAUCUGUUUAUUUGCAGGUGUUUGAAACAAAUGGGAGCCUUUACCUGUCUUUGUCCUUAAUGGUGUUGAGAAUAUCUCGCAAAGAGUCAGAGGCUGUGUUUUUGACGGCACCUUGUAGCUGCCUUUGUCUUCCUCUAGCUCCAACCGUGAGUGUUUGGGUCAGCCGAUCACAGUGACCAGGAACCAAAGCCAAAAGCAGUGUGGUUUGAUGUGCGUGUAUCCCCUAAAGACUCGUGGAGUUGUGAUGUUUAUAUUUUAAUUCUAAUUUAGGGCACAUUUUUGCCUUCUCUUAGUUUGUUACACGACUAGAACAAGAGAAGCCUUAACCUGUAUUUGCUCCAAUUCUAAACCGCCAUUUUUGGUUUUGUUUUUAUUUUAUAGUUAUAACUUUAACGAAGAGACUAGUGCCCUCAUCCCACCUCAGCUCUGAAUCCCUCAGGACUUCCUGAAGCAGUAAAUCCACAGUGCAAAGUUUUGCCAAAUAAGUUUCAACAAAACAGUUUCUUCAUAAUGAAAGAUUUGGUCAUUUAGUAAAUCCACUAUAUACUUCCAUAAAGAUUUAUUUUAAGUAGUAGAUUCUUCCUCCAAAUGAUUACUUUGAAUCUGAUCUUUGGGGAGAAAAAGGCUUAUUAACUGGUUUCUCAUGAAGGUGUUAAGUCACACUGUGGUCAUCUCUAUAACCUCCUUGAGCGUCUCCAAGCCGGAAAUAGGGCGGUAAUCGUGAGGAUUUCCGAGAACAAACCUAAUUUUUAGAAAGUGUUCUCUUUCCUAUAAAAAGGAGAGUUUCCUUGUAUAUUUAAAACAAUGAUAAUGAUUGUUAUCCUGAUAUAUUUUAUUUCUAAAAAAUGUGAUAUUAAAGUAGAUGUAUCCCUUUAGCAUUACCUUAAAGGUUAGAACAGAGGGAUGAAUCUUCAAAAAAGUGUCACAGUACAUUUUCGAAUUUGAACUUGAACCCCAGUUCAUCUUUAGCUUUUGUUGUGCUUUUUUAAGGCUUCUUUAUUUUUGAUACACAGAAUGCAGUUGUACUUGAUCUUUUAAAAUUGAAACGUGAGCUUAUCAGAAAAAGACAAAACUGCACAGUUGUAAUAAUCAAAUGCAAUUAUACUGCACAAAUCAGUGAUUGUAAAGUGUCCUGUAGCGAGCAAUGUUUGUCUCCUAUUUUUUGAUACCUCUUAAACUUAUGUCUUUUAGAAAGACAGUGCCUCUGUAUGCUUUUUGUAUUUUUACUGAGUGUAAAUAUUUGUUAUAUUUUUGGUUAAGAGAAUGUAAAAGCACCAUUUAUUAUUAUCAUAUCUACUAAUACAUUGGUGGAAUCAAUAAAGAAUCUACAUUAACCUUCUCUGCUCUUUAUUAUAAAUGUAUGGACACAGAUAAAAUAAUUACACCCAGUCACUCAAGAAGGCUGCUGUGGGACUAGCACUGGUGUGAAGGCCUGAUUUUUUUAAGUCCCCAGAGAAACUGGAAUGGUCCAAUUAUUAUUGACUUUGUAGUGUCAACAAAAUACCUAUCUCUUUUUUUGGGUUUUAAAAAGUGUGUUUGAUGACAAACCAAAUAACACUGGUUAAUCCCCAUUUGGGCUUGUUUCUCUCUUAGAAGGAAAGCCGGCCAGCAGGCUGUCCAGGGCUAGUUGAGUGAGUGCAAGGUACUGUCCGGGACUCGGGGCCCCAAGCAUUUACACCACUCGACAUCCCCUCUGUGUCACAGGAAGGGCAGAGGGGGAAGGUGCAAAUGUGUGUCCCUUUUUAUAGUGAAACAGCAGCUUUUUCAGAAGCUGCACUUGAUAUUUCUGCUUUUAUCUCCCUAGUCAGAAGUGGGUCCCAUGACCAGUGGCUGCAAGAAACUUGGGAAGUGACCUUUCUUAGCUGAGCCAUCGAUGGCCCCAAGUAACAAUGGGACUCCUUCCAGUGAGAAAGAAAAGAAUGGCUAAUGGGCACCUCGCAUGGUUUGCUACAGCGCUCUUCUCAUGGCAAUAUGUGCAGUGGUUUCCUUCAGGGGAUCACAUCCUAGGACCUUGGUGAAGAAGGAGGAAAUUUUGCUCUAGCACUCCUUCCUAAAAUUUUCCCAGUCUUCACUCUGUACCUAGGGAAUAUUAUUCCCACGAUAGGUAAGGCUGCUUCCUCCUCCCAAUUAUAACCCCCUCCUGGCACACACACCAGGUUUUCCCCCAGGCCAUUCCUUCCCCUAACCAUUUUUGCAUAAGUGUCCCUAGUUCAUUCCUUUACUUAGAAAUCUUACACAAAUGCAGUAGGUUGAGGGCUGGCUACCUAAAAACAUCUAGCCCUAGUCCCUAUAAUAGUGAAUGUUACUGUAUUGGAGAAAAGGUCUUUGCAGAUGUAAUGGUUCUGAGAUGAGAUUACUUUGGCUUAUCUGGAUGAGCCCUAUAUGCCAAGACAAGUGUCUUUCUAAGGGAGAGACGAAGAUACAACAGACCUCAUGGAGAGGGCAGUGUGAAGACAGCAGGGAGGCAAAGCAACAAGUGAGAGAAUGCCAGUGGCCCCAGGAACUGGAAGAGAUGAGCUUCUUCCUUCACACCCCUGGACGACACCCUGAUUUGGACUUCCGGCCUGUUUUAAUUAGGACACCCGAGUCCUGCUGAUCUGUUACGGUAGCCCUUGGAAACUAAUACGCUUUACUGUUUUUGAUACUGGCGACCCGGAACAGGAACUGAAAGGAUAUGUUAGUCCACGAGGAUACUUUAGGACCACCUCUCCCACCUACAGAAGCAUUUGAUAAACCAAGACGAGAGGGAUCAUCUGCCCCAGAGGCAUCCCCUGCAGCAGCCUGGUGAGCUUGUUGGUUUCCCCGGUGUUGACAGAAGGGACACUUCUAUCAGCCUUGCUUAACUUAAUAGUUCCCGUUUUUUUCAUUUCAGACAUAGUGAUGAAUGUGUACUGGUACCUUACUGUGGUUUUAAUUUUAAUUUCCACAAUAAUUAAGAAUCUUUUUGAAUACUUAUUGGCCAUUUGAAUAUUUUGUGAAGUUUCUUUUUAGUUCCUUUUUAAAAUGUGCUAGAGUAUUGAAAUAUAAUUGUUAUAUAAUGACCUUGUAUGUAGCAAUCUUAAUUCAUUUAUUCUAGGUUUGUGAUUUUUGGGGGUUUUUCCAGAUACUCCUAUCAUGUGCUCAUAAUGACUUUUAUUUAUUUCCAGUCAUUUUGCAUUUCAUUUCUCACCUCCUUGCCCCGGUCACCGUGCUAAUAUAUUAGUACCACGCUGAAUAGAAGCAGUCGGGGUGGAAUACACCUUGUUCCUCAUCUAAGGGGGAAAACUUUCCGAUUUACCAUCGAUCAUAAUGAUUGCUAUAGGGUUUUUGUGAGUAUUCUUUAUGAAUUUAAAGAUGUUUUAUUUAUAAUUUUCUAAGUGUGUGUGUGAUAGAUCAAAUUGUCAGAUGCUUUUCUUGAAUCUUUUGAGAUGAUAGAAUUAUUUUUCUUGUAUCCGUAAGUGUUGUUAAUGAGAGAUUUCCUAGUGUCAGCCCCUCCCUGUUCCACCCCUGCUCCCUACUUCACCUUCCUCUUUGCUAGAAUAAAUACCAUUGGAUUAUGAAAGAUUAUUUUUACAAAUAUCUGGAUUUAUUUUGCAAUAUUUUGUUUAGGAUUUUACAUCUAUAUUCAAGAGAGAGAGGGUCUGUAAUAUCCCUUUCUUGUAAUACCCUUGUUAGGUUUUGGUAUUAAUGUUAAACUGGACUUGUGGAAAGAGCUGGAAAUUCUCCUUUCUGUUUUUCAAGUUUCUGGAAGAUUAAACUCAAGCCACUUGCACCUCUCUGGACUCUCACCUGUCUCUUCAGCUCUGGAACACUGACAAGCUCCUCCCUAGCUUCCCCUCUCUUGCAUUAUGGCCUGGAAAUUUUCUUCAGGUGGUAAACUGGGGCAGUGGUAGGCUCAGGUCUUGUUUCUUGUGCUUUCAAGGAUUAAUGUCCUUCAGUGCCUGAUGUCCAGUGUCUUAAAUGGCAUUGUUUUAUAUGGUUUGUCUAGUUUUUUAGUCACUAGAGGAGUGAGGGUAAAGUGCUAGUUACUGCUUCUUGACCAGAAGUGGAAGUCCAUAUAUAAAAAUUGAAUACAGUUCUCUCAGUAAAUAACAGAAGCAGACAAACACAUACCCUCCCCCCACCAGAAAAAAAAUUGUUAAGGAUAUAGAAGACAAGAACAAAACAAUUAAAAAAGUUUAGUAAUCUAAUGGACUAUAGGACACUGAAUCAUUAACUGCAAAGUAUAUAUUCUUUCUAGGCGAACAUGAGCAUUGAUCAAAGUUGGCUCUGUUAAGCCAUAAAGAAACUAACAAAUUGCAAGAAGUUGAACUCCUAUAUAGAAGGUUCUUUGUAUAGAAUUAAACAAGAAAUUAGUAACCAAAGCCAUAAAAAUUGGAUGUUAAAUGUUUCCCCCAAUAACCCAGUGGAAAGAAAGUUUUUUUAACUGAAUGACGAUGGAAAUAGGAAUAUCAAAACCUUCUGGUUUGAGGUUAAAGCCAUACUUAAAGGGGAAGUUUAUAGCCCUAAAUGCAUAUAUUAGAAAAGUAAAAAGGCUCAAAAUGAAUUAAACAUUCUUCUCAAGAAACCAGAAUAACAGAUUAAAUUCAAAUAAAUGGAAAAAAAUAAGAAAAAUAACAAGGUAAUGAAAUAAAUUAGGAUGCCCCAAAAGGAUUAACAAAGCACUAAGUUCUUUAAAAAGACUAAUAAAAUUGCUAAUCUCUUGGUGGGAAUGACCAAGAAAAAAGAAAAAUAGCAAAACUAUUAUUAGAAUGAAAAGAAUGAUUAUGAUUAAUAUCAUUAAAAACAUGAGACACUUAAACUAAAAUGUAGAUGAAAUAAAUCCACAGAAAAAACACAACUUCACAAAACUGUUAACAAGAAGGAAAAUUCAGUAGUCCUAUGGCUAUUAAAGGAGAGGAAUCUCAUUUUACAAGCUUCCUGUAAAGAAAACCGAAGGCCUGAAUGGCUUUCUCAAAAAGUUGUACCAAAUGCUUACAGAAGAAAUACUGGUGAUCCUAAGAAAAUAUCCGAAGUGGGAAGGAUUUCUUGAAUAAGAUCCUGGUAAGGCAACUCUAAAGGAAAUGGCAGGCAGGUUUAUCCUAAAAUAACAUUUAAAAAAAAGAGAAGGCCAUAGAGUUGGAAAAUACAAUGUAACUCAUAUACGCUUCAAAGGACCAAUAUCCAGAAUACAUAAACUAUUUCUGUGUGCUUAAAGAAAAGGCACAUUCAGUAGGGAAAUGGGCAAGACUUAAAGGCUACGUAAAAGAGGGGAAGUUGUCCAUUAAAUGUGGAAAGUUGCUCCAUCCCAUUAUGAAGAACUACAUAGGUUUGGGAUUGAUGAUAUGGAUGUGUUCGCUCUGCUGCGUUCUACUUGGGCUGUGGUGGCAGAUGAUGAUGGGCAGAAGAAACCCCUCUCCUUUGGAAGAAUAAAAAUAUGGACUAAAACGGGGAGCUGUGGUAAAAUACGUUGGAGCCACCAGAUGGCGCCAUGCUACUAUGUGUCCCUCGUGGUCUUUGUCUUCAGAAAGGUAAGAGCAAGGUAAUUUUUUUUUUUUUUUUAAGAUUUGAUUUUAUUAGAGAGAGUGCUCCAGCAGGAAAAGGGGGAAGGGAGGGGGCAGAGGAAGAAGCAGACUCCCCACUGAGCAGGGACCCUGUCACAGAGCUUGAUCCCAGGAUCAUGACCUGAGCCAAAGGCAGGCACUUAACCAACUGAGCCACCCAGGCGUCCCUAACUUCUUAGCCAUCUUUCCAGAUCUGUCUAGAGCCCACAAUGAAGUAUUUUGUGAGCGUUCCCCUCCACAGAGGUAAUGAAACUGAAACAUUUCCAACCAGAAAAUAAAGAAUUUUAGACAGAUUGUAGUUGGAUAAAGUUUGGACACUCGUGAGUAGACAGUAUGGAUACAGCGAUUUCCGUAAACAUCAUUUGUGCAUUUGGACAUAGGAUCUGGAAUACUUAAUGAGUGUUGGUCCUUUCCAGGGCUCCUAAGGGACAUCUUCCAGAUAACACAAAUGACCCAACUCUGAACAGGAAUGAAAAGCAGAUAAUAAACAUCAGAACCAGUCAGACUUGUAUAGUCUACACUGAACAGUCGCCUACUCUAGAGGCUCCUGGCAGCUGUCCAUCUGCUCUGAACUCUUGAUAUUUUUGGUGGUUUUUAUUUUGGGCAUUUUGGUAGAUAUGUAAUGGUUUUAGUUUUCAUUUCCCUAGUUAUUGGGGUUGAGCUCCUUUCCAUAUUUGUGUAGACCAUUUGAUUUCUGCUUUUAUGAGGUGCCUUUUUGAGUGUUUUCAUUUUUAUCAAUUUGUAGAUAUUUUUUAUGCAUUCUGGAUAUGACUCCUUUGUCAGUUACAUCUGUGGCAAAUAACUGUUCCCACUUGGUGGCAUGUGUGGUCAUAAUGAAGAAGGGACGUUCUUAAUUUUAAACUAGAGAAAUUUAUUACUCGUUUCCUUUAUAGUUAGUGCUUUUUUUUUGUAAUCUAAGAAGUCUUUUCCUCUUCCAUGUUCAUUAACAUAUUUAUCUUUCAAAUACUUCAAUGUUAUGCUUUUUAAAUUUAGCUCUACAAUAUAUCUGGAAUAGAAUUUUGUGCAUAGUGUAAGGUAGAGUCAGGUUUCAGUCUCCCACUCAUUGAUUGUUCCCGGACCAUUUGUCCCACUGCCCUGCAGUCAUCUCUGCUGUGAGUCAGCUGUCCAUAGUGUGGGUGAGUUUGUUCGGGGGUCUGUAUUCUAUCAGCCUAUUCUUCCAUUCCUUAUUCCCACAUUGUUUUAAAUGCUCUAGCAUUACACUACAUACCGAUACCUGGUAGAGAACAGGACUCUGUUCUUUUUCAAGAAUAUAUUAGCUGUUCUCUUAUCAUUUGUAUUUCCAGAGAAAUUUAAUGACCAAGUUAUCAACUUACAGACACACAAUUGCAAUUUUGAAUGCGAUUUUCUUGAGAAAUUAUAUAAUAAUUUGAAGGAAGUUAACAUUUUUUGUAAAAUUUACUCUUCUAGUCUGUGAGUCCAGUGUAUUUCUUCGUUUAUUUAGAUUUUCUAUGGCUCUGUUUCAUUCUUUUGGUUUAAGGGCUUAAUAUUAUUCAGAUAAGAUUUAUGUUUUUAAGAGUGUGAUGCGUUUGGGAUUCCCCCACCCCCCACUUUAUUGAGGUAUAUGUACUCGAUAAUUGAAAAUUGUAUAUAUUUGAGUUGUAUGUCUUGGUCCAUUUGAGCUGCUGUAACAAAAUACCAUAGGCUGGGGGGCUCAUAUACAGCAGAAUGUAUUUCUCACAGUUGUGAAAGCUAGGAAGUUCAAGAUCAAGGUGCCAGCAGAUUCCCUGUUCUGUGAGGGCCUGUGUCCUGGGUCAUGGAUGGUGCCUUCUUGCCAUGUUGUCACAGAGAAGGGGCUUCUUUUCUAAGGGUAGGAAUCCCACUCAUCAGGCCUUCACCCUCUUGACCCAGUCACCCGCCACAGCCCUCACUUCCUAUUACCCUCACCUUUAGGAAUUAGGAUUUCAACCCAUGAAUGGGGGUUCAGUGUGUAGUAGCAUACAGUGGUACGACAUGACGAUGUGACGUAUGUCUACAUUGCGAAAUGGUUACCACAAUUAAGCAAGUUAACGUAUCCCUAACUUGACAUACUUAAAAUUUGCGUGUGGUAAGAACACUUAAAAUCACCUGCCUUAGCCCAUUUCUUGUAUGCCAUCUAGUAUUACUGACUGUAGUCAGUAUGUGGUACAGAACCACUCCAGAACUUCCUUAUCCUGCAUAAAUCUUUGUACCUUUUGAUCAACAUCUUCCCGCCCCUCCCCCUCGACCCCUGGCAACCACCAGAUCCCAGACCAUGUGAUACCUGUCUUACCUCACUUAGUAGAGUGUUCUCCAGGUUCGUCCACGUUGUCACAGAAGGCUAGAUUUUGUUCUUUUGUAAGGCUGAAUAAUACUCCUGUAUUAUAAACAGACGGUCGUUUUCAAAUCUUGGCAGUUGCGAAUGAUACUGCAGUGAACGCGGAGGGGCAGACGUCUUCAGCCAAGUCCGCCAGAUGGAGCCUUCUGUUCCUUAGAGAAUGAAUUCUACCAAAAUCUGAGUGAGUUUGGAAGUGCCUUCUUCCUUCCUAAAGCCUCCAGAUUAGAGCACAGCCCAGCUAACACUUUCGACUCCAACUUGUGAGACCCUGAGUAGACGAUCCAGGCAACCUGGCCCAAAUUUCUGACCCACUGAACUUGUGCUAUUUUGAGCCACUGAGUUUGUGAUAAUUUACAGCAACAGCUAACUAAUAUAAUAUGUAUUAGCUGUAUAUUCCCUGUGCCUUAGUUCUCUUAUCCUCAAGCAUGUUGCCAACAGUAACCGAUCUCAUUUUUAUUGUUGCUCUGAGGAUGAAGUGACUUAAUCCAUGUGUACCCCUUUGGUGGUGCCCAGCUACCUGGUAAGUACUCAGUAACUGUAGGCUGUGUUAUUACGACCACCCCCCCCCCGCCUCUUUGCCCUCCUCACACUUCUGUAGUUCUGUACCUUAAUCGUUCCAUUUCAUCUCCUUUCCUAAAAUUUCAUUUCUUUGCCCAAUAGAGUCUUAGCUGCCCCACACCUCCUGUAUCUGUGGUCAUGUAUCUGACAACUGCAACUAUUCAAAAUAUAAUCCAGAUGCUAAACUAAAGUUCAGAUGCUAAAACUAAAUCAAUUCCAUGUAGCAAAUGCACUAAAGUUAUAUUUUUGACUUGGUGAGACUGAGCACUUCUUGUUUUCUAAGUUAAAGCACACGAGGAGUCAGAAUUAUAACUAGUAAGUGGAAAACUAGAAGGAGACACACUCGUAGCGAUAACAAUGUGAGGAAGACCCGUGAGGGGAAGGGGCCUGAGCACAAAGGUACAGAAGAGCUUGCAGAGCAGGGUAAGGUGGGGCGGGCUGUGCUUCAGGGAUCCGUGGGAGUGUCACUCAACAGAUCCAGUGUCACGGCAGCUAAGACACUCAUCCUCCGUGUGUUCACACUGGAAAUGGAAAUUGGAAAUAUAUAGUAUUUUUAAAGAUUUCUUUAUUAAAUAAAAGAUCUCGUUCAACUACACCAAAGACAAUUUAAAAACGGGCAAAGGACCUAAAAUGAGUGCCAAUGAGUGCAUGAAAAGACGCUCAGCAUCAAUCAUGAGGGAAAGGCCCAUCAAAGUCAUGACGACAUACCACCUCACAACCAUUAAGAUGGUUACUGUAAAAGAAAACACAAGUGUUGGUGGAAAGGUGAAGAAACUGGAACCCUGUGCCAUGAAGGUUGCUCAAAAAAUUAAUACCAUGUGGUCCAGUAAUCUGACCUGGAGGUGGGUGUCCCAAGGAAUUGGGAGCAGAGUCUCAGAGGUAUUUGUCCGCCCCUGCAUUAUUCACAGUAGCCAAGAGGUGGCAGAGGCACAAACGUGGUAUGUACGUGAAGUGCAGUAUCAUUCAACCUGUGAAAGGAAGGACAUUCUGACAGUUGCUCCAACAUGAAUGAACUUUGAGAACAGACACUAAGCUAAGUGAAUGAAGCCAGUAACAAAAAGAUAAAUACUGUUUGGAUCUGCUGAUGUGAGGUACCUAGUAGAGGUAAGUUCAUAGGCAAAGAAACUAGAAGAGUGGUUUCCAGUGGCUGGGCAGGAGCGAGGAACGGAGAGCUGCAGUUUAAUGGGGUAGAGAAUUUCCAUUUUGCAAGAUGAGGAAGUCUCCGGGAGACGGGCUGUAGAACAGCGCAAAAGUAUGUAGCACUCCUGAAAUGUACACUUAAAAAUGGUUAGGAUGGUAACCUUUUGUAUUUUACCAUAAUUUUUUUAAUUGCCAAAAAAAAAAAAAGGAAUCCAACCCCAGAAAGGUGAACAGAGGAAAUGCUUGCAGUGGGCCGCAGCUAGCGGCCGGCAAUCAGUAGGCAGUGGUGGAGGGUUUCAACUUCUGUGCGACCAAAAGUAUGUUUAGGGCAGUUGCACAUACUAAACAAACCCAAACUCCAAAUGACCCUGCCUCCUGUGUCUCAUCCAUAAAAAUCCCCUAGGGCACGAGAGGUCAAGUAGCCAGUCAGCACUGAGCUUGUGGCAAGGGCAGACAUUCACAAGGAAACGUGAUCUAGGGUUUUAACCGCAGCCUUUCAAGCACUUCAUUUCACUAAACCCUAGGGCUUCAUCACACUAAGGAGCAAAGAAGCUUUAAAAGUAGUUAUUCUGUCAUCACUAAGGUUAGUCAUUUUUUUUGAAAGAUCUUAUUUGUCAGAGAGAGAGCACAAGCAGGGCGAGCGGCAGGCAGAGGGAGAAACAGGCUUCCGCUGAGCAGGGGUCCCGAUGCGGGACUUGGUCCUGGCGCCCUGAGAUCAUGAUCCCAGCAGAAGGCACACACUUCACCGACUGAGCCACCCAGAUUAGACAUUUAAAUCUUAACUGAGCUCAUGGUUUCCUUAGGGAGGCAGAGCGACAGACAAGAUGAGCCAAAGAGCGCUUUCUGUUCCAGGAAGCCCAUGGAAGGGACAGGUGUUGGGCUGUGGUCUGGAGAUCGUCAGGGACCCAGUGCUCAGGAUGGCAAGCGUUUCGAAAUCCUGUGUGGACCACUUAGAGCAGCAUGCUGAACCUCCUUUCUGGCCUCCCACCUCCCCAAAGCCAGCAAGCCCACUGUGGCUGGAUCUCGGGGCAGGCGCUACUGCUAAGCUGUAAAUGGCACUCUGGGUUACUGCUUAAUUUCUUUCACUGUUUUUUAUUUUCCAAUUUAAAAAAUGUUUUGCACUGGGUCCUCCUGAGCCUUGUCCUGGUUCCACUUCUUGUUUUAAACUACAGAAUCCUCUCCUGUCUACAGGGCCUGGAAUGUUACUGCGUCUGGGCUCCCGAUGAGCAUAGGUUUGAGGCUUCAGAGCCAUGUGUCCCCCCUCCAUCCAGGUGACGGGGAAGGAGAGUUAAAGCCCAGCAGAGGGGCAUAGACGCCCCUCUUUUACCCUGUUGUCUUUCCUGUAAAAGUCCGUUCCCUGAGAGGUCAGUGUUGGCAGGCAACCGCCCUAUACGGACUUCACCCCUUCUUCUGGGCCCCUGUUCUGCCUUCUGCCCCACAGCCUUCCCUGCCUUUCUCCGUCUUGGAACAACUCCUCAAAUGCCUUUUAUAAAGCAGCUAUUUCCUUCCCCGGGGCAUGCUGUUCUGGUGGGUCUUGAAGUCACAGUAACCCUCCCUGUGCAGGCGCACGUGCAUGCUCCCACACGUAUACAGCCAUGACUGCAGGUGGGCCAGUGUGAGGCCUGCCUUGGAUUCCCUAGCAUGUAGGUAGAGGUCCAUUCAUGUAUGCUCCUGGGGCCUUCCUUCUCAACUACAAGACUAAUAGACCCAGUUGGUAGCCGUUUGACCUUGAGCAAAUUAUAUACUCUCUCUAGCCAUCGGGUCUGUCACCUGUGAAAUAGGAGUAAAAGCUUUUUAAUAGAAUGGUUGUGAGAGUGAUCAGAGCCCACGCCUAGCACAAGACUGUUCACUAAACAGCUCUUCCUCCCAGCAGCCCAGCCCUCAAGUAGCCCCACAGCCAAGCACUUCCAGUGAGCUCCCCUUUCCCUCCACUGUUAGGCCAGGUCUGUAAAGUGCUUUUGGCAAUAUGGAACUAAUGAAAGUCUCUUGAAUAAACCAAUCUUUGUGCUGGAGAUUUACCUUUGUGCUUAUUUCUUAGGUUGGAAAGAACAUAGAGGCCGUAAUUGGGUACUACCUUAUUUCACUAGGAUCGAAUGCUGGUGAUUUUUCUUUUACUAGUCCUGUAAAUCCUUGUUUUUAGGAAACGGAGGGUGUGAGGCAUUUGCCCAAGAACAGCCUGGAGCUAGAUUGGAACACCUGCCAGUUUUCGGGUUCUCUGUUAAGAUCUGAGAGCUGCAAAUGGCCCGCAAGGCAAGGAGAGCAACCUCCACUGAUUUGACAGAUGCCCGGGCAGAGAAAGACAUCCAUGGGUCUUCAGACCAGCUUCAGAUUUAACCUGCUACUACACUGUGCCUGUGAUCCGCAGCCUCCAGACUGUCUUCCACAUUAUGCCACCAUUUCCAGCAACGUCCUGAGUCAGGCAAGACAAACCAGUCCCAGGCAAGUCAGAAAGCUACAAGCAAGCUUCAUUCUUUACCUUGAGUCCUGAGGGAGAAACACGACUGGGGGUUUCCCCACAACCGAGGGGUACUGCACAAGCACGAGGGUGGGACAGGAACGGAGGCCAAACAAAAGCCUCAAGAUUUCGGACCAUUUUGAGUGUGGCCUUUUCUGUUAGGUGUUCACUUGGUUGCUGCAGCCUAACUGGUUUCUAGCAUCUGCUCAAAGCUAUUUUGGUCCAUGUAUUUGGUGUUUCUGGGGGGAACAAGGGCCUGGAGCUCCCUACUCUGCCAUCUUGCUAAGAUACCUCUCUAAUAUUUGUUUAAAAUGUAAUGUUAUUUUGUUUUAUAUUACUAUUAAGAAAUUGGCAGUAUAAAGAAAAUGAAAUCCAAACAGGAUAGACUGGAAUUACAUGAAAAAUAAGUCUCCAUGAGCCCACUUCUAACACUCCAUUCCUACUUUUGAAUUCCUCGGUAGGUCACCCCCUUAAUCGUAAAUAACAUAGGUACAGUUUCAUUUUUUCACUCAUUAACUCUGAAUCCUACAAAUGAUUUUAUGCAACAAAAGAGGAGGCUUACAAUAGACUUCCUUUUCCCUCAUUCCAGUUAUGGCUGUAUUUUUACAUUGAAAUUUCUCAUUUGUUGUUGUUUUUUAGGUAAGCUCUGCACCCAACAUGGGGGUCGAACUCAUGAACCCAAGACCAAGAGUCACAUGCUUUACCAAUGGAGCCAGCCAGGCGCCCCUCAUUUGUUAGUUUUAGAACUUAUUUUUUCCCUAGUUUUAUUGAGAUACAAUUGACAUGAAACACUAUUGUUUAUAACCGUAAGGAAUAAAUACAGACAUAAGGCAGUACUUGACGUGCUCCCAGUACGUACAUAAGGGAGAUCAGCAUUCAUGCUCCCCAUGUCUUUCCUCACCACCAUCUUCUGAAUGUGAUUGUUUUCUAAAAUGUACUUUAUGUUCUAUGGGAGUGGUUGUCUUUUAUGCUUUGAUUUUAAAAGAUCUGAACAGUGUGAUGAUGUACCUAUGGGCUCUUAAAGACGGGCAAUUAUUUGUCACUAAACCCGUAUCUCUCAAAUGAGAGUUUUCUUAACUUUCAUUCAAAACUUAGUGUGGCUGAUCCUGUUCUAGGAGCUUGAGUUACACUCAUCAUUCACUCAAAAGCAUGUCUCACCUUUGGACAAGUUUUUGGUUUAUACCAGAAUAUCAAGAAUUGUCGUUUUUGCUUGUUGACAGUAUAACCUGUUCUGUCACCAGAUUACUAAGAUUGUCUCAGUUUCACACCAUGGUCUCAGCACGGCCAUGUUUUAAAAAUGCAACUCUAUUCCAGUAUCCCCAGCUGUUUGUCCAGACCACUUCUCAAUUUCUGACCUCUUACAGAAUUCACUUGUUUGGCUUAAUGCCCAUCUGUCUGCACCCCCAACACGAGAAUGAAAGCUCCCAGAGGGUAAAGGGAUUUGUUCUGCUCACUGCUGCAUCCUCAGCACAUGCACAGGGCCUUGGGCAUAAUGCUCCACAAAAACUUUCUGAAUGCACAAAUCCUGGUGCUAUUUAAUGGCAUUUAUUUAAUCAUGCUUCGGAACCGAUUUUCCUGACUCCUUGCCACUUGUUUGUUCUCGUCCUGAGAGACUGCUGUCUGUCAGCCUCAGACGUAGAGUCCUGCGGUCCCUUUAAAUCACAGGAGCCGCGUUCUGCCAGUUCCUGCCGAGCAGCCUUUCCAGUGUGUAGUUUCAGAAAGGCUGUGUGGGGAAGUUUCUGACUGCUUGCUUGCCUGUCCAUCUUUAUUUUGCCAUCUCACCUCCUCAACAGUUUGGCUCUAGAUAGACUUAUUUUGAGCAUACUCGUUCAAAAUAAUUUUCUCUCACCAGUGUAAAGUGCUCCAUUAUAUUCUAGAGCUCACUAUCGCUACUCGGAAAUCUGAUAAUCCUCAGAAGAAAUAAGCAGAGAUAAUUUCCCAGAGCUGGAUACAAGUCUUCCGAACAAAAGGUUUACUAAACAGGCUGUGAAGUGGUAAAGUUUUUUGACAUUUCGAAACACAACGAAGAGCCACUUCUUCUUGCUCUUCCCUCCCCUUCAGAGCAUUUUCCUUGCUCGGCACAGGCCGAAUCACUGGAAUCCUCCGUUUCCUCUCUCAGGCCUCAGCUCACCCCAGAGGCGGACUUUCUUCUGAAAUGUCUACCUGUCCGGUCGGUCUCCUCGAGGAGCAGCAGACUGGCGGCCGGCGGGGAAAGGCCGGCUGCUUUCUGGGUCUCGGUUGCAGCAGUACCUGAUCGCGAGCGGCUCCCAGCCUGUAGCCUCAGCUCCGCAGUGCACAGGCUGGAGGCGGCUGCAUCCCCCCACAGUUCAUGAGGAAACCCUACUCCUGCGGGGGAUGGCAUCAGGAGGCUGAGGGGACUGGGAGGUGUGUGUCACAAGGAUGUCACUCAGGAAGAGAUGCCGUGUGAAGAGAUUCCCGGCCCCUGCAGCACGGGAAGAGCUGAGGCGUCUGCAACCUGGAAGAGGCCCGUCACGUGACCAUGCUGGCUGCCCGAUCGUGGGCUUCCAGCCUCCAGAACUGUGAGAAGUUAACUUCUCUUGUUUAUAAGCUAAGUAGUCUGGGUUAUUUUGUUAGAAGAGCCCCCCAACACAGACACUGUCCAAGCAGCAAAAAUUAGAUACAAGCAAAACCUGCAGAAAUUUGUGAAAAUGUUUGACAAAAUAGGUAUUAUAGAAAACUCAAAAAUUACAGAGUUUGGAAUUUGAAAUCUGGGUGGCUCUGCCCAAAGCAGCGAUGACGAUUUUUACCUCUUGCUUACGCUGUUUCUGAACAGUGAAACAGCGAUGUUUAAGGACAUGCAGAAACUUCAACUACAAUGUCAGUGGACAGUGUCUGAGCGUGCUGCUGCACAGAACCGGGGUCUAAUGGACAGAAUCAGUCGGCUCGAAUAUUUGAAAGGCCUGCACGUAUAAAGGACGUAUAUGUUGAGGCAGCUGAAGUUAAUGAAUUAAGAAAAGGGUGGCCAGGUGAGGGUCUGCGGAUUUUUAAGUAAUAAGCUUACUUGCUGUUCCUUGAAAGGACCAAAACCAAAAAUAAAAACCCUUGCUUGGGAGUCCUUUCUGGGCCCCGAAAGCAGGCUAUCGGUGUAACAAUCUAAAGCUUCCACACACGUGAGUUGUCAAGGCUCCCGUGGAGCGUGGGUUAGAGCUGGCCAGUGUCUUCACUGUGCUGCUGUCACCUUCCCAUCGGACUAGCAUCACCCAGCCUUCAAGGCCAGGACCACACUCCUGCCCCCUUGCUUAUGAGGCUCCAGAUCAAACAUCUGGCUCUCCUUAUUCUGGAAGUAACUUCCUUCCUUUGGGCAUCAAAGGGCAGACAGAAACUGUUAAGAUGAUGAAACUGGAGGAUGAGGGCUGGGGUCACAAGCAGCCCAGAGGCCGUCGCUACCUGGUGGAAAGCAUGGAAAACAUGAAAAGUGAAUGUGCUAAAAUAUAAAGUCAGAUCAACAUGAGUUGUUUAAUGGUUUAAGUUUUCUUAUUAGCUCAGGAGGGAUGGAGACAAUAAACUGAAGGUAACCUUUUGGUUGUUAUCUUUCUUUGCAGUGUGCUCAAAGCAUAUUUCAAGCAGAGGGUAAAUAAUUUCCUUCCUGUCUUUUCAGUUUUGUAGAUUUUUGCAUUUCCACAAGUUUUAACAAAUUCCUAUGUCUCUAAAGCACAAAAAGCAGGAUAAAUCUUUAUCUUAUGAACCCUUGCACAUUUUAUUCAUGUCCCUUGAAAACGUGCUCAAAAUAGAAUUCCUGAUAAACCACCAUCAGUUUCUUCAGAUGCUUUAAUCAGGAUGCCUUAUCCUUACUAUUUUAUCAAUCGUGAUAAGAACUUCAUCUUAAUCCAGUUACCUCAGAGUCUUAGGCCAUGAAAAAGUUAGUUACGAAAAUGUUUUGAAAUAUAUUUUUCUCAUUGAUUUUUCUACUUUAGAACCAACCAACCUUACUUGGCACAGUGCAUGAUACAGCCAACCUAACUGACCCACGGUCCCCAUUCGGUGAGGCGUUUCUAACUAACUGGACGUAUUUGAUUCAAAUAAGACACAUGGCCAAAGACUGACAAGCCCACUGAUGAUGGGGGGAAGCUGCCACCCUUCACUAUCUUCAAGCCUCCCUGAAAAAUUUGAGUCCAAGGUUAGUAUUAAAAUUUUCUGUCAUUUCUUGAAUUUAUUGGCACCUUAUUUGGCAUAUGUUCUUGCACACAGUGUGGCUACUUUAGGUCAGUUACACACUCAAGAGUGUAGCCUCAGGGUUAGCAUGGAGGUACGCUCCAUUACUUACUGUAGUAUUUGGUCCACACAGAAGAUACUGAUUAGAAAAAAGGAAUAAAAUCAAAUCAUGAGUUCAAGAAAAAGGAGCAGACUCCCUGUAUUGUCAAUGAAGGAUUUAUAGGACAAGUAUAAAAGUUCAACUAGUUUUAAAAGUCAGAAAAGACUAAAGAUCACUAUGGACAAGGCCCAGAAAAUCCAAUCUGUCUUGUAAGACUUUGUACAAAGCAGUGUCUGUGGCAGGACGCAGACUGUGGCUGAGAGGAACAACACAGGUCCUCAGCAAAUCCCAGAACGCAGUGUCCACACAGUAAAUUAAACUGCAAGAUGGCUGUUUGUUUUUAUUACUAAGCAUGAAUGUUUCCGCGACAGAUUCUCUCUGGGACUGACACCUAUGAAGCCUCAAACUGUAGAACUACAAGCACCGAGGAAGCCAGGGCCCCACGGCACUGGGUCAGUUCUGUUCAGAAGCACUGGUUUGCCUAUAUAAGCCGACUAUUUAUCCAGUUACCUGGUUCAUAAGAACCUGGGACUAAGAUGCGAAGUUAACAAUUACCUAAUUUCUUAGCUGUCUACAUUUUCACCUAAGUCCCAUUUGCUGCGUAAAAUAUUAAUCCUACUAAACGUAGUUAGGACUGUACUGGACAUAGGAUUUAAACAUUUUAAUGAGAAUAUGUACACCAGGCCCUAGUCCUAGAGAAGGCAAAGUACUUACAGAAAUAUCUGAAAUACACACAAUUUAUGAAGGAUAAACAUUUUGGAGCCUGAGCAAUUGUUUCUCACCAACAUCCUAACAAAUCACCAUACAGAUUGUUUUCACUGGCAACGAUUUGGCCAAGUCACUAUGUUGCUCUGGGUUCACUUCCACUGCCCCAAAACAGCUCUGAAUAUGGAAAGGCCAAGGACUCCGCAGUUAGUAGUACCGGCCAAGAGUUAACAGUUAGUGGAAACACACGGAUGCCAUCAUCUUAAAGUAAGUCAAGAGAGAAUGAGUACACAGUGAGACUGGAUGAGGGCAUCACCACAACACUCUGAUACACAACCACACCUGUUCACAACUCACAGGUCAUCACUCUCAAAAUAAAUAUAUUGAACAUUUACAACCAAAUGAACACCUUAUGAAUGCCAGAUUUUAAUUCUAAAAUAAGCUACAGGUUACCUUUGUGUGUGAAACUGACGUGACUUGGUGCCACAGCUAACCUCUCUCCCCCGUAACAGCAGCAGUUACCCUCAGCCCACAGCAGCAAACACACACUCAGUUCUGGCUUCCCAUGGGCUCCCAGACGAAGCAACUUCAUAUAGCAUGCGGAUAUCUAUUCUGCUCAAGUUUCAAACGAAUAAAAAUGAUCAUUGUG